AUGGCAUCAUGGGGAGGAGAAGUGUAUAGUCCAGUGAAAGAGAAGAGCCCAAGCAUGGGAAGUGGACAUUUUCCGAAAGAAGGUUUUGUGCAGUCAGCUUAUGUGAAUGGUAUUGAAGUUGUUGAUGAUUUUGGAGGCACAUCUUCGAGGCCAGAAAUUUUUACAAUAACGCCAUAUUCAAGCACUCCAAAUUGUUACAAAGCCAUAAAGAAACCUGGUAGUAGUGAAAUUUGGUACGACGCUAUCUUCUAUGGAGGACCAGGAGGAACGCCGAGAACUACCAUCGGAAGAAGAGAAGAAAGAUCUGGAGAGGCAACUCAGGCACUUGGUGCGGCAGGAGGUGCGAUAACGAUCAUGGAGAUGAUACCUGAAAAAUAUAAGACUAUGAUUGGAGGGGCUGCAGUAUGGAAAGUUGAUGCACACAAUGGAGCUAUCGCAGAAGUGAUUCUAAGUUUUUGUAUUACAUUUUUGGUUUUGCUGAUUAUCCUAAGAGGUCCUCGGAAGAUGCUUGCUAAGACUUUCUUGCUUGCUAUCGCUACCGUCUCAGUAUUUAUGGUAGGAUCUAACUUCACUAGACCAUUCAUGAAUCCUGCUCUUGCAUUUGGGUGGUCAUAUAUACACAAGUCUCACAACACAUGGAAACAUUUCUAUGUGUAUUGGAUCAGCUCUUACACCGGAGCUAUUUUAUCUGCCAUGUUCUUUCGACUCCUGUUUCCUCUGCCACCUCCGAAUCACAUCGUCGAUCUGGAGCCGUUACAGGAUCCGCCGCAGACCACGGCGUCCUCCGGUACCGGCAACGGCAACGGUAAGAUACGAUACCGUUCGCCUUCCUCCACUGAGCUCCUGGAGUCCGGAACUGCCAACGCUUCCUCCGGUCAAUACUCUCCUCCUUCCUCCGAUUCUCAUCAGGGACUUCUCUCUGUUGACGGAGGGAAGAUGACGGCUAAGCGUGGGAUUGGACGGCACGAGUCUAUCGCCGACAAGAUCCAACGCCAUCGCGGGAUUCUGCUGCUGAUUUCGGUCCCCAUUGUGCUGAUCGGGCUCGUUCUUGUGCUAAUGCCUGGGAGAUCGGGGUCUGACGCGGUCGUUGAAGAGUACACGGUGCAUAACCGCAAGGGAGGACCCAAUUCGAGGGGUCCGAAGAAUUACGCCGUCAUUUUCGACGCCGGAAGUUCUGGAAGCCGUGUACAUGUUUACUGUUUUGAUCAGAAUUUGGAUCUUCUUCCUCUCGGGAAUGAACUGGAGCUCUUCCUACAGCUAAAACCAGGGCUGAGCGCAUAUCCUACUGAUCCCCGGCAAGCAGCAAACUCUUUGGUGUCUCUUCUUGACAAAGCAGAAGCUUCUGUUCCCCGAGAGUUGCGUCCGAAGACACUUGUCAGAGUUGGGGCAACUGCAGGUUUGAGGACUUUGGGUCAUGAAGCAUCUGAGAACAUUUUGCAAGCGGUUAGGGAACUCUUGAGAGAUAGAAGCAUGCUGAAAACUGAGGCAAAUGGAGUUACUGUUCUGGAUGGUACCCAGGAAGGUUCUUAUCAGUGGGUGACAAUUAACUACUUGCUAAGGAACUUGGGAAAACCAUACUCAGAUACGGUAGGAGUGGUUGAUCUUGGAGGCGGGUCUGUUCAAAUGGCCUAUGCUAUAUCCGAGGAAGAUGCUGCAAAUGCACCAAAACCAUUAGAAGGAGAGGACACAUAUGUCCGAGAAAUGUAUCUGAAGGGACGGAAGUAUUUCCUCUACGUUCACAGCUACCUACAUUACGGAUUACUGGCCGCACGAGCAGAGAUUUUGAAAGUUUCUGAGGAUUCAAACAACCCCUGCAUCGUUACAGGCUAUGAUGGUACUUACAAGUACGGAGGAAAGGGAUUUAAAGCGGCUGCUUCGCAGCCUGGUGCGAGUCUUGACGAGUGCCGGAGGAUAACACUGAACGCACUCAAAGUGAAUGAUACUCUGUGUACACACAUGAAAUGCACAUUCGGUGGAGUGUGGAAUGGUGGUCGAGGUGGUGGCCAAAAGAAUAUGUUUGUUGCUUCUUUUUUCUUCGAUCGUGCUGCUGAGGCUGGUUUCGUUGACCCGGAGAAACCUGUUGCUACAGUUCGUCCAUUGGACUUUGAGAAAGCAGCAAAGAAAGCUUGUAGCAUGAAGCUGGAGGAAGGAAAAUCCAAGUUUCCACGUGUGGAGGAAGAGAAUCUGCCUUACUUGUGCAUGGAUCUUGUUUACCAGUUUACUCUGCUCACUGAUGGAUUCGGAUUGGAGGCAUCACAAACAAUAACGUUAGUGAAGAAAGUGAAAUACGGAGAACACGCCGUGGAAGCUGCGUGGCCAUUGGGUAGCGCCAUAGAGGCCGUAUCCUCACCGUGA